AUGAGCAAUCUACCACUGCAAGGGAAGGCCGCCAUUGUGACUGGAUCUUCGAGAGGCAUCGGUGCUGGUAUCGCAUUAGAUCUCGCCCGAAAAGGAGCCAACGUCUUGGUCCAUUACACAAGUCCUAACAGCGUCGACGCGGCCGAAGCCAUCACCACACAAAUCCGAGACUUGGGGAGGAAGUCGGCCGUCUGCAAGGCGGACCUUACAGAUCUGGACCAACAUCAGGGCAUUAUCGAUGCCGCGGUUAAGAAUGUUAGCGAGAGUGGAAAGAUUGAGAUCUUGGUUCACAACGCCGCUGUUGGACGAGACGCCCUCUUGAAGGACACGACGGUCGACUUCUACAAUGAUCACAUCAACUGCAAUAUCCGAGGACUUUUCUUCCUGACCCAGAAAGUCCUCCCUCAUCUAGCCCACGGCGGUCGCAUCGUCAUCGUCUCUUCGGUCGCAGCUCGACUUGGUGUCGAAACACAGGGUAUCUACUCUGCUACCAAGGCAGCCGGAGAGGCCUUGGCGCGCGUCUGGGCUAAGGAGCUUGGACACGAGCACGGCAUCACUGUCAACUGUGUCAAUCCAGGCCCCGUCGCGACAGAUCAAUGGCGUGCGAGUACGGACGAAUUUAUUGAGGCUAUGCAGCCGAUUAUCCAGUCGACACCCGCGGCUCCAAGAGUUGGAGAGGUGGAGGAUAUUGCGCCCCUGGUUUCGUUUUUGUGUACUGAAGAGGCACGCUGGGUGACUGGAUCUGUCUUGUCUGCGAAUGGAGGGCUAUAUAAUUAA